AUGACUCGUCAAAGUCCCUCCAUCGUCUACCGUACUCUUCUCACCAUUGUCGGCCUGGUCACCUGCGCUGGCGCAUACCUCGCCGAUUGGAACGAAACUCACAUUUACAACCCGAGGUGGCCACCUCACGCCAAAUUUCACAAUGGACAGACAAUGAGCAUGGGAUUAGCGCUUGGGGCGGCAACGUUAUACUACCUUUGGCGACCUCUCAAGGUCGAGGCAGCGAAAGACAACCUACAUACUGUCGUAAUAUUCGCUAGCCUCUACUGGAUCACGCAGCUCAGUGCAAUACUGUACCCGGGCACCAUGUUUACGGAUCCAGAGUUUGGAGAGACAUUCAUUCAGAUCUACCUCGUUAUAGGGCUGUCUACAUUGAUCGGAAUUGGAUAUUUAUUUGAAAUCAGGAGAAUUGAGGGAACCAAAAAGAUGGCUGUAGCAUGA